AGGCGUUCUCCACCAGUUGUGAACCGCACACACGCUGAAAGACCAGAUGCAGGCAUGCAGCAAUACUGUGCUCUGCGCACUGGAUUCAGAGCUCGAGGCUGUCCUGCAAAAAGACGCACAUGAGCUGGAACGAGAGAGGGCUGCGAAACGCGUGAAAUUGACGAUGGAAGGUAUAGCCAAAAAGAUCGGGCUCCCCCGAGAAGUAACAAUGUUUGGGUCUUGCUCGAAUGGUUUCAAAAACGGGACGUCAGAUUUCGAUAUUGCACUUGUUAGUAAGAUUGAUGCUGGACAGGCGGUGCACUACCUGGCCAAAUUUGCAGAGCAGUUGCCAUCUUGUGGCUUCGGUAACGUCACAAAGGUCUUCCAGGCGUCGACGAAGCUGUUGAAGUUUACAGACGUGAGGACACAAACGGAGGUGGACUUUUGCAUCAACAAUGACCUAGGGGUUAGGAACUCAAGGAUGCUUGGCUGCUACUGUGAGGUUGACCAGCGGGUGUCGAAACUGGGCCGGCUCAUCAAAGAUUGGGCAAAGAGGCAUGACCUGGUUGGCAGUGCCGAUGGUUAUUUGAACAGCUACGCAUACAUGCUCCUCACAGUUUUUUACCUUCAGCAGACAACGCCGCCUGUGUUGCCCAACCUGCAAAAAAUGGCAACGGAGCCUUUCCUGGUUGACAGUGACAAGUGGGGCAUGGAGGACACAUGGGACACCAAGUUUUGGGACGACAUAGGGGGCUUGGAGAAGUCGAACAACGAGAUGACCGUCAGCCAACUGCUCAUCGGCUUUUUUCAUUUUUACGGAUUUGCUUUCGAAUGGAAGUCCUGUGCGGUGUGCAUUCGGGAGUCCCAACCAGGGCAGUCGGUGAAUAAGUUCACCCUACAGACUCGCGUCAUCGAAGAGCAGUGGUACAUCGAGGAUCCGUUCGACUUGCGGCACAAUCUGGCUGGGAGGUGCAGCCGCGCUGGUCGCGAACGGAUUCUGAGCACCAUGAGGGACACGCACGAGGUGUUGUCCAGUAAGGGCCGCUGGGAUCUUGCAUGCCCCCUCAGGGAAUCCAGCAAGCACUUCCUCAAAUGCCGCACCGCCCAUGACGUUACCCCGCAGGCCUUCCUCGAGGCUUUCGAGGAGUUCGAGUUGGUCAAGCUGCACUUUCCCAAGCCGUGCGACCAGGGCAGUUGUCAUUUGAACACGUUCCUGGAAUUUAGAACCAGUGCGGCGCGCAGGCGUGCGCACACCAAGAACGAGUGCCACCUGGAGGGGUGCUCUCAGCAGCUGCACCUGCACGCCAGUUCGCAGCACGCCCUCGAGGAUGCGAUGCAGGCCCUCGAAGCCACCGGCGGGUCGUACUCCACCUUCGAGAUGCUUCCUUACAAGCUGCAGAGGCGGGUCCAGCAGAACCGAUGCGGCCUCGAUGGUGCCAGUGCGUGGCACGGAGUGGAGCAGCAGGACGGGCCUGGUGUCUACGGGGCCACCCUUGUCUAUGAGGCCCCAGGCCUUCCUAGAAGGCCUCCUCCAUCACUCUAGUCCGUCUUGUCCGCCGCCAACAGGAGGUAGCACUGAGUAGAUCCACC